CAAGUACCUUGCCCAGUUAGUCUGAUACCCUCGGCUAAGUGGACAUCAUCGAUUCCGGCAUUAAGAACCUCUUCCUCCUGCCCAAGCCUCCAAACAACGAGUCCGACCCCCUCUCCCACGAACAUCUUUCCAAUUGAAUCCGCAUCGUGAACCCCAGCGAUCACCAUGGCUUCAAUUGUGCGACCCUCCCUGCUCCGGCAAACCGCCACUGCGGCCCGUAUGGCUCAGGCCGCUCCGAUCCGCUCCGCCUUCGUCAAGAACUCGACAAGAGCCGCGGCCUUCCACACCACAGCCAAGAGGCAACUGCUGCCCGUCGGACCUCAGGUCAUUGACGGUGGAGUUAACAAGCCCGCCCCCGUCCCUCCUCCGAGCCCCGCCCACGGCUCCUACCACUGGACCUUUGACCGUCUCCUCGCUGCCGGCCUGGUUCCCAUCACUAUCGCCCCCUUCGCCGCUGGCUCCCUCAACCCGACGACCGACGCCAUUCUCUGCGCCAUGAUCCUUAUCCACUCCCACACCGGCUUCCAGAACAUCCUCAUCGACUACGUCCCCACCAAGCACUACCCCAAGUCGCGCAAGGCCACCAUGUGGAGCCUGAACCUGGCCACUGCCCUCGUCGGCCUCGGCCUGUACGAGUUCGAGACUAGCGAUGUUGGUGUCACCGAGGCCGUCGCGCGUCUCUGGAGGGCGUAAGGAGGAUGGGGGCUUCUUGUCGUUAGGGGUGUGCUGGCACCUAUAAAAAGCUGUUGUUCGAGAUAUCUUCACGACAACAAACCGCCGCUACUGCAGUGCGGUGAAUGGAUGUGGCGCGAGGGGUGCUUUGUUGGGCACCAGAAUUGAUAAUGACGCUGGUGUCAGCGUAUUGUAUGUGUGAUUCAGGGGCGCCACGGUUUAGAAUUGGAACGGCCAGUGUAUAAUCACCAGACUAGGCAAAAUUGGAUUAUCUGUCAAAGAA